CCGGCUCCUCCCCUUCAGUCUUGCACAGGUGUACCGGCUCCUCCCCUUCAGUCUUGCCCAGGUGUACCGGCUCCUCCCCUUCAGUCUUGCCCAGGUGUACCGGCUCCUCCCCUUCAGUCUUGCCCAGGUGUACCGGCUCCUCCCCUUCAGUCUUGCACAGGUGUACCGGCUCCUCCCCUUCAGUCUUGCAGAGGUGUACCGGCUCCUCCCCUUCAGUCUUGCACAGCUGUACCGGCUCCUCCCCUUCAGUCUUGUACAGGUGUACCGGCUCCUCCCCUUCAGUCUUGCACAGGUGUA